GGAGCCUCGGAGCGAGGGGCUGCGGGGCCGCCGCCGCCGCCCAUGGAGCCCAACGGGACGGCGGCGGCGGGGGGCAACGGGACGGCGGGGGGCGGCGGGGGCGGCGGGGGAAGCCCCCCCGGGGGCGGAGGCCCCCUGCUGAUCCCGUCGGCUUUCGGGACGGUGCUGUCGGUGAUGUACGUGGCCGGGGUGGCGGGCAACGUGUACACGCUGGUGGUGAUGUGCCACUCGGCGCGCUGCGCCGCCCCCAUGUACAGCUCCAUCGUCAGCCUGGCCCUGGCGGACCUGCUGUACCUCUCCACCAUCCCCUUCAUCGUCUGCACCUACCUGGCCCAGGACUGGUACUUCGGGGACCUGGGGUGCCGCAUCCUGCUCAGCCUCGACCUGCUCACCAUGCACGCCAGCAUCUUCACCCUCACCCUCAUGUGCACCGAGCGCUACCUGGCCGUCACCCGGCCCCUGGACACCCUGAAGAGGUCGCGGGGCUACCGCAAGGUGACGGCGGGCGCCGUCUGGUCGGUCUCGCUGCUGCUGACGCUGCCCAUGAUGCUGAUGGUCACCCUGACGGAGGGGAGCAAGGCGGAGGGCAAGGUGAAGAGGAUGUGUGCGCCCACCUGGAGCGUGGACGCCUACCGGACCUACCUGACGGUGCUGUUCAGCACCAGCAUCAUGGCCCCGGGAAUCAUCAUCGGCUUCCUCUACACGCGCCUGGCCAGGACCUACCUGGAGUCCCAGAGGAACCCGCCCCACAAGGAGAAGAGCAAGAGGUCCCCCCGGCAGAAGGUCCUCAUCAUGAUUUUCAGCAUCGUCCUGGUCUUCUGGGCCUGCUUCCUGCCUUUCUGGAUCUGGCAGCUGGUGCGACUCUACAGCAGCUCCCUGCAGCUCACCACCCAAACCCAAAAGUGCAUUAACUACCUGGUGACCUGCCUGACCUACAGCAACAGCUGCAUCAACCCCUUCCUCUACACCCUGCUCACCAAAAACUACCGGGAGUACCUGCGCAACCGGCACCGCAACUUCUACAGGUUCACCUCCUCCUUCCGCAAGCGGGGCUCCAACCUGCAGUGCUCCUGGGGACGCUCCAUGUCCUCCAGCAACCAGUACGACUACAGCUCAGAGGCCCUGGGCAUGGCCACGCUGAAGGACAAGUGAGGAAGAGGAGGCUCUCUGGAGACAUCAGGACCAGAAGAGCGUCUGGCCAAGGGCUUCUCUCAUUCCAUUCGACCUCACGUUCCAUCCCGGGAGGAAUUAUGUCAGGACCGGAUCCCCAAUGCCGUGGUCUGGGUUGCAAGUAAAGGAGAUGGUGACGGCAUAGCGAGUGCCCCAGCGAACCUUUUCCACCCGAUGAAGAUUCUCAGAUCCAGAGGUGAAAAAGGAAACCCGGCCUGUAAAGACAAAAGCAUUUAAUCAGCGACACAGAGUUUGCCAUUCAGCUACCAGCUCUCUACUCAGUUUUGCUGUUGUUGUCUCAGUCCAAGCGUUCCCUAGCUACCUGAGAGCCCACAGGUCAGCCCAGAGCCGAACUGUUAUGAGCUUAUGCUGCACUCUGACAGCUUUAUGGACUGUUUAAAGUCUAUGUUAAUCCUUCGUGCUACAAAGCUGGAGACAUAAUUCUACCAUAUCCCAUAGUUUAUAAAAGACAGGAGGAAGCCAAGAACAUCUGAAUCCAGUUCUUAGUUGCUUCAAUUAAAAAGAAAAAAAAGAAAAAAAAACAAGAAAAAAGCAACCCUAGUGACUGUCAAAAUGUACUGAUUUCCUCCCUGCUCCCCUUCUAGUCUGGGCUCUAAUUUUAGACCAAAGAAGGAGGAAGUGCUCCAGAGGUGGCAAAAGGUCUUCAGCGAAAAAAUGCUCAGCAGGUUUACAAGCAGCUGUGGCAGCUUAUCAGCAUUAUACCAAGUAUUUGCUAUAGCUUUUUGUGCACACUCAGAUCACUCACUGUUCAGCCAGGACAGAACGUUAUGUAUCACUCCUGUAUACCAAUUAUUUUUCCUUAGGAACUGACACUCCAUCAAUACAUAGGCUUGGAAAUUGUUUUACAGAUGCAAAUGCUUAGCCCUGUCCUUCAUCCCAUUUAAGUUUUGGGUGCCACCACCACCAACAUGCUUCAGGGCUCUCCAGGCCUUGGGUUGCUUCAAGGUGAAAGCUAGUUACUUUGGGGAUGCCAGCAGAGGUGUACUAGCAUCCCACUUAACCAAAGCACAUUGGGGCACUCUACUUCCACAUUAUUUAACUGUUUUGAGAACAUAGCAGUUUAAUGUUUAGCAAGUAACUUGGAACUGAAGCAACUCCGUAGGACUACUCAAAUUUCCUGAAAAGCCAAUAAUACUCAUAUGCACAGCUAUUUUAUCCCAAUACAGAUUAGAGUCUGUUAAAAGCUUAUCUCGAGGAACUCAUACAGACAAUCUGACUGCCUGGGACCACCAGGCCAAACAAAACACUUAAAUGCCCACUUAAUUUCUGCACUAUAACAAGACAAACUAUUCCAACCUUCGUACAAUACACUGCAGAAACAGGCACAAGCUACACAGCUAGUGUUCCCUUUUAACUAAAGAUCCAGAAGUUAUCUUGCUUGCAUAUUCUUCAGCAGCACACAAGAAAUUUGAACAAAUCUAGACUGGCCUCAUGGAGCUUGGGCAGCCUCUGAGUCCCUUCCACAUUCAGUUGCAGUUCACAUUUAAUCUUUCCUAGGAAUCACUCCUAGCUGCCAAGCAGAAAUAUGAAGUCAUAUAUUAUCUUCUGUGCCACUGGCUGCACAUCAAUAAUGGAUAAAGCUAUAAAUAUAUGUAAAAAAUAAAUUUAUUUGUAUGCAAAGCUCAUGCACACCUUGGUGUCCUGCUCUUCUGAAUGAAAGACUGAAUGAAGGCAAGGUUCUCAUAUCCUCUGAGUGCUACAGUUAACAGAACCCUUGAGGAUUUCAUACAAAGUCCCUUUAUCCUGAAAACGUGUGCUUUUUUUUUUUUUUACUUUCUUAAAUCAUAUUUGAAUACAUUCAACUACUUCAUUAUUAAGUCCCUCACCUACUCACCCAAAGUUUUGCCUUAAACUCAUUUCCAAGCAUUUUUGUUUGAUCUCUUAUAAGAAAUAUUAGCAGUUCAGAAUUAGACAAGUUUCAGUGUACUGUUUAAGCCAGUUAAAAUGGAUUCUUUGGCUAUACAGAAUGUUUUCAUUUUCUUCUUUAAUAAAUAUGUCUUCAGAUA